AUGAGGACGGAUGAAACUCGUUGUACUGCAGCAAUUUGGCUUCUGGACGAUAUUCAUGUUGACGCAUUUCACGAGACUUACUCCCUUGUUUCGGAUGAACAUAUGCUGAGCUUUCGUCCAUCAUUCGACGGACAUGAAAAUCGUCUAAAAGCCAACCGGCUGCAGUACAACGAGUUUCAUCCGUCCUCAUCUGAUCAGAUCGACCAACGAAUCUCUUCUUCGAGCACUUUCAUUCGAAAUGAAGGUCCCCCUAACAAUAUAGCCAAGGAUUAA